CAGAUAACAGCUGGUAGCUGAAAACAGCCCUCUCUGGCAGGAUUAACUAGCUAUUUUUUCAAGUCUAUAUUUUUAUCAUUUAAAACUAUUUCAAAAAAUUUUGGAAAAUGAGCACUGCUACUAAUAAUGUAUUGAAGGAGAUGUUUCUGGAGGAAACACUGUGCGAUGCUGUGAUCAGAGUCAGGGAUGCAGAGUUUAAAGUUCACAGGCUUGUCCUCUGCGGCCCCAGUGCCUACUUCAGAGAGCUCUACCUCAGUGUACAAUCAACUGGGAAGCAAGUCCACUUUUUCCCCAACGUGUCACCAAAUGUCAUGGAGCUCAUUCUGGAGUACGCCUACACCUCCUCUGUUGUGGUGACAGAGGACAAUGUGGUGGAGCUUUUGGCAGAAGCAGACCGCUUUGCUAUCAAGGGCAUCAUUCAGGCCUGCUGUGACUUCCUGCAGCAGAAACUAUGCUCCAAGAACUGCAUCAACACCUGGAAGCUAGCAGCCCACUACAAGUUUCUCAACCUCAAGGAAAAGGCCUACCUCUACAUCUUGCAACACUUUGAGGAGGUGGUGGAACUCUGUGCGGACUUCCUGCAGCUCUCUGUGGAGCAGCUGGAAGAUCUUAUUGGGAGGAACGAGCUGAAUGUGAGAAAAGAGAGGUUUGUGUUUGAGGCCAUCCUCCACUGGGUCAAGUUUGCUCCUGAGGAACGUGAAGGUUCCAUGGGGACACUUUUAAAUAAAGUCCGCCUGCUCCUAAUGCCACCUGAUUACUUGGUUGACACAGUAAGCAAGAAGAACCUGGUUAGGAACAACAUACAGUGUGUGAACAUGGUAAUCAAUGCAAUGAAGAUCCUCCAGGGGUCCAGCCUAGAGAGACCGCUGACCUCCGCCCGUCUGCCCUCUCAUGUGCUGCUGGCCAUUGGGGGCUUUGAAGACAAUCAUCCUUCUGACAAAAUUGAGCAGUACAAUGUGCGAACUGACUGCUGGAAGACAGUUUACCAGAAUAAGACACCUUUCCCAGAGUUCAGCGGGUGUGUUUACCUCAAAGGAAACAUCUACUGUAUUGGAGGGUCUGAUGCUGAUCACUACUUGAGCAGCGUAAUAAGGUUCAACCUCGCCACCCAAACUUGGAAAGAGGUGGGGACGAUGCACAAAGCCCGAUGCUAUGUCAGCGUGGCGGUGCUCAACAACCAAAUUUAUGCAAUGGGAGGGUGCAACAAGUAUGAUACCUUCAAAACUGCAGAAAGAUUUAACCCUGACACCAAUCAGUGGACACUGAUCGCACCAAUGCAUGAGCACAGGGCCGAUGCUGGCUCUGCAACACUCUAUGGCAAAGUGUACGUUUGCGGUGGAUUUUUAAUGGAUGACCCGUUAUCUUCUUGCGAGUGCUACAACCCCGACACCAACCAGUGGACGCUUAUCCCACACAUGGAAACCGCUCGGACUGCAGCGGGUGUCAUCGCCUACAAUGAUCAGCUCUACGUGCUUGGUGGCUAUGAUGGUAGAAGACACGUAUCCGAGGUUGCUGCUUAUGACCCCUUGUUCAAAUUUUGGCGCACAUUGACUCCCAUGAUUCACCCCCGCAGCAACUUUGGGAUUGUGUUGUUGGAGGACCAGCUGUAUGUGGUGGGAGGCUUCAAAGAUGAUAAUGAUCAGUUGUGCUCUAAAGUGGAGCGCUAUGACAAAAAAACCAAGAUAUGGCAAGUUGUCCGGGACCUGGGGGCUCCCCGCGGUGCCAUCAACUGCUGCGUAGUGGAGCGAAUCCCCCACAUUGUCGCCUUCCUGUCCUAAACACCAACUUAGACAAUAAAUAUUUUCAUAAAGCUU